GCAUAUAAAUAUUUGACCUGAGAACAGUGAGAAGUAAUUUUUUUCACAUGGAUUUUUAGUAUACCAUUGAAUAAUGACUGAAUACAUAAGCUUAAGCAACAAAAAUAUUGUUUAUUGUUUUUUCGGGCUAACGUCCACGCUAGCUAGCACACUAGCCGCUAGCUGCUAUACGUUUAGCAUUGAGGUGAUACUUGAGGCUGGAUGUGCUGCGGUGAUAUGUGAAUUCCUUGUUGCAUAGCAACACAACCAUGCUCUUCAGCUUCUUCCUUCAUGUUCACUGUGGUUUGUUGUUGUCUGAACUCAUGAACGCUAGUUGGUGCUCCAGUAUAAUCGGUCCACCGGAAACUCAUCCAGUGAGAAACGUUCCGCGGUUCAAAAAUAAGUGCGAUUAAAAUGCGUUAAAGUCCCGGCCCUAGUUUUAACCCUUUCUCCUCCCCCCUACCUGUGUCUCCAGGUGAGCCCCGGGCUCCAGACUGAGUGCUAGCCAUGUUGCGGCAGUCCGACAACGCGACCUCCAGCACCCUGGAGCUGGUGGCCAACGAUAUGACCGGCAUCAUGGAGAAACUGGACACCCGCGAGCUCGACCUGGAGGACGGAGAGUACGACACGACGGACGAGCCCACCCCAGCCGAGCGCUUGCCGUUCUCCGUCAUCUACCACACGGUGGGCUUCAAGGAGUCCGAGGCCAAAGUCUUCCUGUCGUCUCCCAUCACCGCCAAGAUCCUGGAGGUGGAGCGCUUCACGGCGGCUCAGGACCGCUUCUACGUCACCUCGCAGAGGAGCGUCAACAAGUCGCUGCCGGCGGUGUUUAAGAUCGAGCUGAAACACGGAGAGUUCACGUGGCUGGUGAAGAGGAAGGAGAAGCACUUCAUGGACCUCCACAGAGAGCUGAGGACCUACAAGACCUUCAUGAGGCUGCCGCUGCCCACACGCAGUCACACGGUGAAGAGGCAGACGGCGGCAGAAGGAGUGAGGCAGAUGCCCAACCUGCCCCGAGGAGGAGGAGACGAGCUGGGCCGAGAGGAGCAGGUCUCCAGCCGCAGGAGACAACUGGAAGAUUACUUGAAUAACCUGCUGAAGAUGCCGAUGUACAGGAACUAUCACGCAACGAUGGAGUUCAUUGAUGCCAGCCAGCUGUCGUUUAUCCACGAUCUGGGACCAAAAGGCCUAGAAGGAAUGGUGCUGAAGAGAUCCGGCGGCCAUCGGAUCCCCGGGAUGAACUGCUGCGGUCGGAGCAAGAUGUGCUACCGCUGGUCCAAACGCUGGCUGGUGGUGAAGGACUCGUUCCUGCUCUACAUGAAGCCCGACUCGGGCGCCAUCUCCUUCGUCAUGCUGUUCGACAAAGAGUUCUGCAUCAAGAUGGACUCCAAAGACACAGAGACCAAACACGGCAUCCGGAUCGACAGUCUGUCCAGAUCCCUGGUGCUGAAGUGCACCAGCUACAGACACGCCCGCUGGUGGGGUCAGACCAUCGAGGGCUUCGUCCAGAAGCACGGCUCGGCCUUCCUCAAAGACCACCGCUUCGGAUCCUUCGCCAGAGAGGAAGUCAACAUCCCCGCCAAAUGGUAUGUGAACGGGAAAACCUACAUGGAGGACGUGGCCGACGCUCUUGAAGAAGCCAAAGAGGAAAUAUUCAUCACAGACUGGUGGCUGAGUCCAGAGAUCUUCCUGAAGAGGCCCGUUGUCGAGGGCAACCGCUGGCGUCUGGACUGCAUACUGAAACGCAAAGCGCAACAAGGCGUGCGUAUCUUCGUGAUGCUGUAUAAGGAGGUGGAGUUGGCUCUGGGCAUCAACUCCGGCUACAGCAAGAGGACGCUGCGCCACCUGCACCCCAACAUCAAGGUGAUCCGCCACCCGGACCACGUCUCCUCCGCCGUCUACCUGUGGGCGCACCACGAGAAGAUCAUCGCCAUCGACCAGUCGGUGGCGUUCGUCGGAGGGAUCGACCUGGCGUACGGUCGCUGGGACGACCGGGAGCACCGGCUGACCGACGUAGGGAGUGUUACACUCUCACACCUGGAGCAGGCUGCGGCGGCGUCCUCCACCAGCGCCGCCCCGGCCAACGGCAGCGGCGCUCCGCAGAACAACGGGAAAGGAAUCUUCACGGUGACGGACUCGGGGGACCAGCCCAAGCUGAAGGGGCAGGGCCGCAUGAAGAGGACCAGGAUGAGCAUCAAGAGACACCUGCAGAAACACGGGCUGGCCCACGCCGACAGCGACAGCGACCUGGAGAACGAAGAGAGGAGCGGCUCGGUGCGCAGCCUGCAGACCGGGGUCGGGGAGCUGUUUGGAAACACGCGCUUCUGGCACGGGAAGGACUACUGCAACUUUGUGUACAAGGACUGGAUCCAGCUGGACAAACCGUUCGAUGAUUUCAUAGACAGACACACGACUCCCAGAAUGCCCUGGCACGACAUCGCCUCGGUGGUUCACGGGAAAGCAGCUCGGGACGUGGCCAGACACUUCAUCCAGAGGUGGAACUUCACUAAGCUGGUGAAGCCAAAGUACCGCUCUCUGUCCUACCCGUACCUGCUGCCCAAGUCUCACACCACGGCCGGAGAGCAGCGCUACCAGGUCCCCAACUGUGUCCCCGCAAAAGUCCAGAUCCUUCGCUCGGCCUGCGACUGGUCGGCCGGCAUCAAGUACCACGAGGAGUCCAUCCACAACGCCUACGUCCACGCCAUCCAGAACAGCGAGCACUUCCUCUACAUCGAGAAUCAGUUCUUCAUCAGCUGUGCAGACAACAGAUACGUGUUCAACAAGAUAGGAGACACGAUCGCCGAACGCAUCAUCAAAGCAUAUAGGGAGGGUAAGAGGUACCGGGUGUACGUGGUGACUCCUCUGCUGCCGGGCUUCGAGGCCGACAUCAGCACCGGAGGAGGCAGCGCCAUCCAGGCCAUCAUGCACUUCAACUACAGGACGAUGAACAGAGGAGACCACUCCAUCAUCUCACAGCUCCGCAGGGAGAUGGGAGACCAGUGGAUGAACUACAUCUCCAUCGCUGGUCUGAGGACUCAUGCCGACCUGGAGGGGAAGCUGGUGACGGAGCUCAUCUACGUCCACAGUAAGAUGCUGAUCGUGGACGACCGCACCGUCAUCAUCGGUUCUGCUAACAUCAACGACCGCAGCAUGCUGGGGAAGAGGGACAGCGAGGUGGCGGUGAUCGUGGAGGACUCAGAGAUGGUUGCCUCGGUGAUGGACGGCCAGCAGUACCAGGCGGGAAAAUACGCCCUGCAGCUCCGCCUCGAGUGCUUCAAGAUGAUUCUGGGCGCCCAUGCUGAUCCCUCCAUCGACGUGUCUGAUCCCAUCAGUGAUCAGUUCUAUAAGGAGGUCUGGAUGGCGACCUGCGCUCGCAACGCCACCAUCUACCAGAAGGUUUUCCGCUGCCUGCCGUCCAGCGACGUGCGCAGCAACCUGGAGCUGGAGGGGUACCUCGCCAAGCCGGGCCUGGACCGCGAGGACCCGGCUCGGGCCCAAGAGGAGCUGAAGAAGAUCCGCGGCUUCCUGGUCCAGUUUCCUCUUCAAUUCCUGUCCGAGCAGAACCUGCUGCCUCCCAUCGGCUCCAAGGAGGCCAUGGUGCCCAUGGAGGUCUGGACCUGAGCCCGGGGGCCCUCCUGGGGCCGGGGGACCCUCCUGAGGCCCGGGGACCCUCCUGAUCCAUGUGUUCACACACAGCAGGUGGAAGGCUGACCGCUUCAUCACGUCACACUGGUGCCAUUUAGGAAGUCAUAGUGGCUGAAUUUAAUCCUCUAAAAGUACUUUUCAUAGACCUCUAUGGCUGGCAGUGAACACAAUGUCAACAAACUGUAAUAAUAAUAAAAACCUGGUGUUUGUGCAGUUAAAACCUCAUAAAAAACAGCUUUAGUUUAUUCCAUAACGCAUGAGCUACCACAGAGGAUUAAACAUUAGACAUAAAUAAACACAAUUAAAACAGAAACAUAAAUAACACACACAAGUUAAAAACAUUAAUAAGUAUAAAUGAAAAAGAAAAUAAUUAAGAUCCACAGCCAAACAGACACACA